CAGGGACGGGUGAAGGCGUGUCGCUCGGGUGGGAAUAUGAACCGAUAUGAACACCGUGAGACUCAACUGUCAGUUUUAGAACUCAGAGAAGCUGGAGGAGACGAAAACACACCCGAAGUGACUUUCUACUGAAGAAGAUAACUGUGAGACGAUGUCCCAGCAGGCGGUGAACGGGGUCCCGUACAGGGGGAAGGUGCUGACUGUGGACAGCAUGAACCCCAAUGUGAAGCGGGUCGAGUACGCGGUUCGUGGUCCCAUAGUCCAGCGGGCGGUGCAGAUAGAGAAGGAGCUGAAAGAGGGAGUCAAGAAGCCUUUCACAGAAGUCAUCAAGGCUAACAUAGGUGACGCCCAUGCCAUGGGUCAGAAGCCCAUCACAUUCCUCAGACAGGUCUUGGCUCUGUGUUCCUACCCCGAACUCCUGGAGGACAACAAGUUUCCAGAGGAUGCCAAGAAAAGAGCGAAGCGUAUUUUGGAGGCCUGUGGAGGCCACAGCAUAGGGGCCUACAGUGCUAGCCAGGGUAUCGAAUGUAUCCGUCAGGAUGUGGCGCGCUACAUCGAGAAGAGAGAUGGUGGAAUCUCCUCCAACCCUGACAACAUCUAUCUCUCCACCGGGGCCAGUGAUGCCAUUGUGACCAUGCUGAAGUUGCUUGUGUGCGGCGAGGGUCGCACUCGUACAGGAGUGAUGAUCUCCAUCCCCCAGUACCCUCUGUACUCAGCCGCACUGGCAGACCUGGGGGCCGUACAGAUCAAUUACUACCUGGACGAGGACAAGUGUUGGAGUAUGGAUGUUGCAGAGCUCAGGAGAUCCCUGAAUGCAGCGAGGCAGCACUGCAAUCCCCGCGCCCUUUGCAUCAUCAACCCUGGAAACCCCACUGGUCAGGUCCAGAGCAGACAGUGCAUCGAGGAUGUGAUCCGAUUCGCUAAAGAGGAGAAUCUCUUCCUUAUGGCUGAUGAAGUCUACCAGGAUAAUGUGUACGCAGAGGGCUGUAAGUUUCACUCCUUUAAGAAGGUGCUGUUUGAGAUGGGACCAGAGUACUCCAGUACAGUGGAAAUGGCUUCCUUCCACUCCACCUCCAAAUGCUAUAUGGGAGAGUGUGGAUUCCGUGGAGGCUACAUGGAGGUGAUUAACAUGGACCCUGACGUGAAGGCCCAACUCACCAAACUAGUAUCGGUGCGUCUGUGCCCCCCUGUCCCUGGACAGGCUCUCCUCGACCUGGUGGUUAACCCCCCGCAGCCUGAUGAGCCCUCCUACACCACAUUCAUGAAGGAGCGGACAGCAGUUUUGGAAACUUUGGCAGAGAAGGCCAGACUAACAGAACAGAUGUUUAACAAAGUACCUGGCAUCACCUGUAACCCUGUGCAGGGAGCCAUGUACACCUUCCCCCGCAUCACUCUACCUCAGAAGGCAAUUGACAAGGCCAAGGAGGAAGGUCAGGUCCCAGACAUGUAUUACUGUAUGAGGUUACUGGAAGAGGAGGGCAUCUGCCUGGUGCCAGGUAGUGGUUUUGGGCAAAGAGAGGGAACUUUCCAUUUCAGGAUGACCAUCUUGCCACCCACUGAGAAGCUAAAGGUCGUGCUGGAGAAGAUCACAGCCUUCCACCAGAAGUUCACAGAAGAGUUUUCAUAAUGAUCCACCACCUUUCAACAUCAUCUCAAGAGCCAACUCAUUCAGUGCCUUUGGGCAGAUGAGGCAGCACAUUACCCAUUUCUCUCCUCAAGGCUGUUUCCACAUUAGAUCUGAUUUUAUUUUUUAAAAGAUCUUUUAACUGUUUUGCAUCAGUACGUUGUGUUGUGAGGACAGCUGAUGGAAACAUGUGCAGUCUUGUUUCCUGCUCAUGUGUACGUACAGAUUUACAGUGCAUGAUGCACUUUCCCAAAGUGUUACCCGGCCAGGUUUAUAAUGUUUUAAGAUGUCUGAGUGCUGAUUGUUGUCUUCUAGAGUUUAAUAUAUUUCAGAUGCUGCUACUGUGAGGUGCAUCGCUCUCCUGCCAAGAUUCAAACAGCCAAAUUAGUUAACAAUGAAUUCAACAUGUUGGCAGCUUACUUGAUUAACCUAAUGAUGCACCGUGUUAAUGAGCAUUGCCUUGGCAAUCCAUGUAUUUCAAGGCCUGUCAGAAUGUAGCUAUUUGUAUUACUAAUGUUAAAAUUGUUCUUAAAUGAUUAAAAGUCUUUAAUUUCUAA